GAUCUGUCAAACUGCAGCAAAGCCUCCUUUCAAUCAAAAUGACAUCAUCGUCCAUCUGCGGCGGCCGUCAAAAAUAGUUAUUAAGUGCUUGGUAGAACCGUGAUCGUGCAAUCCUCCCGUGGGGACCAGUUUUUUUUUUGUGUGAGCGUGGUCGCGAGUUUAGUGAUUGUUUUAAGAGUGCGUGAAAAUUGUUUGGAGAGGGUGUUCAAGAACAAAGAGAGUUGUUGGUCACCGCCCCUUGGGGCUUCACGACCAGGUGCGCCGGAAUUUCCCGGAGUUCAAUGAGUUCGUAGGAACGAUUAGCUGAUUCAGCGGUUCUCUAGUUUAGGAUAGUGCUACUAAUUAAUUAUUACUGAAUGCUUGUAAAUGGCGUCUAGUACAAACGACGACGAUAACACAAUCGUCAACUAUCACGACAUUUACGUUCAACAGACCAACAACACCGCCGGCGGAAGCCCUGCCGACCUAGCUAGGAUAGACCAAAUGAUGAGUACAAAUCCACGCCACCACCAUCAACCUCCGCCUUCAUACAAUCAACUUCCGGCCACUCCGACGGCGGCGGCCUCUGCCACACCAUCAACCUCAACGACGCGGGUCGUCACGGGAAACGAUGUGAUCAUCAUUACGGCCGGCAACAACACCGUCGUGACGGUUGGCCAAAGUGCGGGUGGCAGCAGCAGUCGGCAUCACAACCGUGGCGAACCGCCCAGCUACGAGGAGGCAAUCAAUCCGGAUGCUCCGCCCCCCUCGUACGAUUCGUUGUUUGGGAGGGUGCGCGAGGCGCACAAGUCCUCGACCGGGAUGUUGGACUUUUUGAAGAACGUCGUGAUACUGUUGCUAGGGACGCUCGGCUGCACCAUCAUCCUCGGCAUCACGAUCGUCAUCCCGGUGUGCAUGAUCGUGUUCGGCUCGAUCUACCUGUACGACUGCCCCCAGGGCGAGUACAUCCCGGUGUAUCUGCUGGUCGGCGGUGGCUUCGGCGUGCUCAAACAGCUGCUGCACCUGUCGACGCGGGUGCGCAGCCGCGAGGAGCAGGAGCUGGAACGGCUGCGGCAAUCGCCCACCCAAACCCUCAUCAACUGCUUCAUGCUGGGCUGGUUCAUCAUCGGAUCGUUCUGGAUCUACCGGAUCUACGAGCCCAACUACGACCCGGCCAUGGGCAAGUACUGCAACAAGUCGCUGUACCUGUUCACCUUUUGGCUCAUCACUUCGGUGUACAUGACGCUGGGCUUCGUAACGGUGGUGCUGUGCGGGGUCAGCAUCAUCAGCAUCGCCAUCCACCGGCGGACAUAACAGUUGAACGUGCUGUUUGAGGUGUGAGUGUAGGCGCCGAAUUGACCGGGGGUGAGUGUCGCGAGAGGAGAGAGAAAGACAAAAUUUGCUUCUUUUUUUUUUGAAGGUAACAAAAAACGCCGCAUUUGGUCGUGCCAUAAAACCGCGAAAGUAAAAAGGUUCAUCGAAUUCCACGAAACUGUGGCGCGUUGGUCAAGUGAGGGAAAUUCCACGAUUUAAUUUCCCGCCAUCGUUACACCGUCGUCCCAACCACUUUCGAUCUCAUAUUACCUGAGUUGAAGGAGUUAGGUUACAGUCUAAACAAAAAAAAAAAAAAAAUCGCGAUUCCGUCAAAAAACAGACAAGUGUUGAGCUCCAAUCAAAUCAUCUAAGUUAGUCACAAAUCAAACGUUGUGUGUAGUUAUUCCCUACAAAUUAGUUAGCCGAUAAGAGAAAGACACAUUGCAAUAAUAUUCUCAAGACGACGAGUGUGUGAAAAAUGAAUGUUUUUGCACAACUAUUUUGUUCGGUGUUUUCUCGAUGUGAGCAAGCUUGAAGGCGAUGGCGAGCGUUGAUUUAUAUUAUUUCAUUAGUUAAGUUUUGUUUUUAAUGGAAAAUUUCAAUCUGCUAUAACGCACCAGUGUAGAUGCUGGCCAGGACCUUAUUACCACUUCGAAGUCUUCGUCCCGCUUUCCUGAAGUCCUCCAUAAGGCCCUCGUAUAUUAAAUCCGCCUUUUCGAUUGGCCCUGACACCUGACCAUCUAUUCUUCCUUCCUUAAUUUGCACAUUGAUUUUUUUUUAUUUUCUUCUUCAACCAUAUCAAAAAUUGGUUUCAAUACUUACUUCUUCAAUGGCCUCGUUGCUAAAAUUGGCCAUUUCUAAUUUCUUUCGUAAAACAAAGACAAGAGAGCAAUUCUCUAGGAAAUCUCUCUUUUUUGCAAUUUUAAUUUUGGUAUUUUUCAAUCCGGCUGAAACUUUUCAGGUGCCUUUGGUAUGCCCAAAAAAGUCAUUUUGCAUCAUUAGUUUGACCAUAUAAUUUUCCAUACAAAUUUGGCAGCUGUCCAUACAAAAAUGAUUUAUGAAAAUUCAAAAAUCUGCAUCUUUUGAAGGAAUUUUUUGGUCGAUUUGGUGUCUUUGGCAAAGCUGUAGGUAUGGAUAAGGAUUAUACUGAAAAAAAAAAUGAUACACGGUAAAACAAUUUUUAGUGAUUCUCUAUUUCACUUUUUGUCACUAAAACUUGAUUUGCAAAAUAACUCUAUUUUUCAAGUUUUUUUUUUUAUUUACUUUAGGGUACAUCAAAUGCCAACUUUUCAGAAAUUUCUAGAAUGUGCAAAAAAAAAUCUUUGACCGAGUAAUGAAUUUUUGAAUCAAUUUUUUUUUCAACUUCAUUUUAUCGAUGAGUGGCCAUUUCGAAUUUGCAAUCAAAGAGUACUUUAGUUAAAUGUUGAUAAAGUGAAUGUGUAAGUAAAGUUUUUUUGAUCUUUGUUGAUACAACCCUUAGUUGCUGAGCUUUUGCCAUGCAAAGGUUUAAACAUAGUCUCACCCAACAAACCCACAAUUUUCUAACGUCGAUAUCUCAGCAACUAAUGGUUCGAUUUACAAUGUUGAAAAAUUUUGUGAAAUUUUCCGAUCUUUUCGAAAACAAUAUUUUCAAAAAAAAAUAAAUCAAGACUAACAUUUCAAAAGGGUUAAACAUUCAAUGAUACGCCCUUUUAAAAAGUUAGCCUUAAUUAAAAAAAAUGAAAAUUUAAAAAAAUUAAAUGGAUCGAAAAAUUUUACGAAUGUUUCAUAUUUUAACAUUGGAAAUCAAACCAUUAGUUGCUGAGAUAUCGACUUAGAAAACAUGAAUUUUCCUGUUUUUAAAUGUUUUCAUGGCAACAUUUCAGCAACUAAGGGUCGUAAGUUCAAAAAGCAAAAUAUAGAGAAUUUUCUCAGUUUUUCAAUUUUUUUUUCUAAAGUGGAAAAAAUGGGCGUUAAUUUCAAAAAAUGAAUAACUACGACCAUUUUCAAAAAAAAAAAAACAAAAAACAGGAAAUUGUUAUAACUUGAAAACGGUGCACUUUAUCAAAAUUUCACUUAAGUACUUUUUAUUGCAAAUUUGAUUUGACAUCGAAAAAUGAAGUUGAAAAUUUUUUGCGACUAAUAUUACGAUUUUUUGAAAAAAAUCUGUAUUGCUUCAAAAAUUCCUAACUCGGUCACAGAUUAUUUUGCACAUUCUGAAAUUUUCUGAAAUGUUGGCAUUUAAUGUCCCCUAAAACAUAUGAAAAAAUAUAAAAAAAAUAAAAAAGUGCUUUUUUUGCAAAUCAAGUUUUAGUGACAAAAAGUGAAAUUAAAAAUCACCCAAAUUUUUGUGUACAGUGUAUCAUAUUUUGUCAGUGUAGUCCUCAUAAUACCUACAACUUUGCCGAAGACACCAAAUCGAUCUAAAAAUUCCUUCCAAAGAUACAGAUUUUUGCAUUUUCAUAUACAGUCCAGACUCGAUUAUCCGAAGCCUCGAUUAUCCGAAGUGUCGAUUAUCCGAAGUUCGAUUAUCCGAAGGUUUGUAUGGGACUUCGGAUAAUCGAAUCACAAAGAAAAAUAGUUUUUUUUCGUAUUUUUUUAUUUUCUUAUUUUUUUACAUAAAAUUUGAGUUCUAGUCAAAUUUGAGUUAUUGAUUGCCUAUUAAAAAUAAAAUGCAUUUUUUCAAUAUUGCAUCACCGCCAUCUUGGGUUUACAAAUUCUAAAUAAAUUUAGCGUAGUGUAGGGGUCAUACCUUUGCUCAACAAUCAAAAAUUAGACAACGAAAACAUUUUCUUUUUCGUGAUUCGAUUAUCCGAAGUGAUUUUUUUUCCGAGGCCUUCGGAUAAUCGAGUCUGGACUGUAUCCUUUUUGUAUGGAGAGCUGCCAAAUUUGUAUGGAAAAUUAUAUGGACAAACUAAUGAAGCAAAAUGGUUUCUUUGAGCAUACCGAAGGCAUUAAAAAAUUUACAGCCGGAUUAAAAAUACCAAAAAAUAACGAAUGACCGAAAUCUCAGAGAAUUGCUCAAGAGAGAAAAAAAAUAUAAAUUAAAAACAUAAACGCGUUGAGUGCGUUUUCAAUGAUACGUUCGGAAGGAAGAACUACUUGCUAGGUUGGUCAGAAUACUAAUGAUGAUCUUUAUUCUUAAUUAAAUGUAACACAAAGCCGUGUCUGAUCACUGUUGUUUAUGUUAGUUGCACGUUGAUUCGUGGUGGUGCUGACGUCAGCGACAUCAUAGGAACCUCUGUUGAAGGUCCUAGGGCAGGCUCGUUUUUAACUUAUGUACUUGCUUCCUUAGCGAAUUAAGAGACUAGUGUACCGCAUAACCUUUGGAGUACUCGGAGUACGUGGAUUCUCCAGAGUUUCUUGAGUGUAGUAUAAACGCGAUGCUAAAAAUGUAUCGAAUGCCGCUAAUUCACUUGAUUGUUGUUGCGUUUCGGGGUUAGGUGUGGCAUUAAUUGGCGAUACUGUGUUUAGUGGUAGAUAUAAUUCAGCCUUCUUUGUCCAAGUGGGAAGAGCCGAACGUAACACCGAGUUGUUUUCGGGGAGUAAGAUUUCUGAUCUAGUCCUACUGUCUGGUGUAUUAGUUGGCUCUCAAGUUUGAGCAUUGAUUAUUCUGGGUUUGAGUUUUUGCUUUUGUCUGACGGGUUUGUCUUGAUUUAGGGCGAUUCUGAUGAAGGGCGGGUUCUCUUCAACUUGGUUUCACCUUUUUUUGAUGUUUUUUGUCUGAUGGACUUUUUUUUCGUGGAAUGAAUUGUUUUCUGCUAACCUAUGUAAGUGUCUCAUAUUCAUCCCCUGUUCAACAUACUGGAUGAUAGCGCCUUCUGUUGCGAGAAAUUGCUUCUUCCUUGUCAAUGCAAUUCGGAUCUUGUCCAGACAAUGUAUGGACAUGCGUGUCUCGUAAUGCGACCGGUUUCGAACCUUGGGACACCGAUAAACUCUACGAUGUCCCGUUCCAGGUCUGGUCGUUGUUUCAAGUGUAUGAGCCAUGGCGUGCUAACGCAAGUUAAGUACUUCGGUACGUUUCGGUAUUUAAAAAAAAUGUUGUUAUCGGGUAGCUCGAAGUGAACGAUCAGCAGCCCUCAUGUGGUGUGAUCGUUAACUCGCGGCACAGGCUUCACAUUAGUAUUUUGCUUAAAAUUUCGAUCCGUGCUUGGGCCAUACUUACGGUUUUUGUUUGUUUUUAAAUUAUGUUGUUGAGGUGAGAGAUGUAUCACACCAAUUAAUACCGCAAUCUCACUCAUCCAAUUUUAUCUUUUCAUCACAUAGAAUAUAACAGGAUAGAAAAAGGUUUGAUUACUUACCACAGUAUUAUAUGGUGUCUCGUCUGGUUUUUUGGCCUGGUCAGAAAUGGCGUUCCGUGGCUCUACUUGAUGAAGUCCAAACAUCAAACCUUCUUUCGGGUUUACUCAUUUUGUGAGUUAUGUCUCUACUAUGGGUUCGCUCAAUUGUAUUUUGUUUCUGUUCUUGAGGGAUUUAAAUUCUGUAAUUCAUUAUUUUAUGUAAUUAUGCAUUACGUUAUCCCAUUGAACAUGUAAUUUGUUGUUACAUUUGUUGUAAUUAUGAAUUACACACAAGAAAAUUUGUUAUCAAAACAACAUCUCACUUUAAUUAUUGAUACUUACUACCCAUUUCAUAAGUUCUGUGAGUAGUUUGGCUUGAAUCAAUUCUUUCCUAUAGGCAGGGUGAUGUCAUGUAUUGGAGUCACCCUAACUUGUGCAUCUACUUUGAUUAUUUUUCAAAUAAAAUCAAGUGUAAAAAGAAAAUUUAAUAAAAAUAUUUUUACAGGAUUUUUUAAAGUGUUAUGUCUUAUUUAUGAAGUAACGUUUUAAAAAUAUUGUGUUGUUUUUAAACAUGUUUACACUGUCAUAUUUGUAUACAUCAAUCUCUAUCAAGCUGUUGGGGGUGAUUUUUUCAAGAUCUUCAACCGCCACUUCGGGUGCGGAACUUGAGAAGGACCACUUUCUUUUUCUACAUUGUAAGACUGAAUGAGCUGCAACAUUGUGUUCUUCUGAAAGAGAUGCAUUCCGUGAUGUUCCCUUUCAUCAUACUUUUUUUUGCACAACCCGUCUAAACUCGAAGCACUCGCCUCCAGGAGACUUUACGAUGUUUCGGAAUGGUGAUGCGAAUAAUGCACAACAGAAAGGAAUACUGAUGUGCCUCGGGAAAUCAUGUCUGCUGGAUUCUGAUCCAUUGGGAUCCAGCUCCAGCUUGUCUUAUCAGGGAGUGAUUGAAUGAUAGAGAUAUUCCUAGAUUCCACUUUAUAACUGCUUCUAUCACUCUCGGUGUCCACGUUCUAUUGUAUGUCUUAAGCAGGUCUAAUUCUGCAAGUUCGGUGUGAUUUGUAUUAUAUUCCUUAGUUGUCCGAGGUAGGUGUUGACUCCUUUUCCUGCCCUAAAGGCGUGCUGGUUAUGGGCGAUUAGCUUGUUUACUUCCAGGAAGUAGGUGAGUCUCCUGCUGCCCAUUCUCUCGACGAUCUUACAUGCGCAACACGUUAGUGAAAUUGGUCUGUAGUCUUCUACUGAUGUGUAGGGUGUGUAACACUUUCGCUAAUUUCGCGGAUUUGGCGCGGAUUUUCAAAACCCUAAAAUGUAUUUUUGUCCAAUGCAAUACGAAAAAAGACACGUUUUUCAAUAAUUUGCUGCCAGAAAUGGUGAUGGUUUGAAUAUUUGGUGUUAAAGGAAUUUUUAGGUAGAAUUGGACGCUCGAUUUGAUGGCGUACUCAAAAUUUUGAAAAAAGUAUUUUUCAAUGAAAAAAAAUGGUGCAUGUCAUUUUUUGGGCAAUUUAGAGUUUUUAUCGAAUCUGCAAUAAACCAGAAAGGUAUUUUUUCAUUUAGCAGCAUUUUUUUUUAAUUUUAAAAUAACGUGUAACUGUUCUACGAAGUUGUAAAGCAGACAAUUACAAAAAAAAAUGUUUAAACAUAAUGGUUUGCUUGUAAUUGUAAUCAUCGAUUAUCGCUAUUUAAAAAAAACAGUUUUGAAAAAGUUGGUCGUCGUUGAUUAUGGCCGUUAAAGGUCCCCACGACAGCUACGAACGAUGAAACAAAGAGAAUCAAAAAAACUUUUUUAUUCUGCAAAGUUAGAAUUAACACGAAAUUUUAAUAUGAUUUUUUUUCGUUUUAAAUGAAAAAAUGGCCUUUCUAUGUUAUUGCAGAUUCGAAAAAACAUUAAUUUUCCCAUAAAAUGACAUGUGCCAAAAAGAAAAAGAAAAAAAAAACGGAAAAUGACAGAAUUUAUUAAACUAUUUUCGGCUUUUUUCGAUGAUUUUUUUUCGGAAUUCUGAGUAAGCCAUUAAAUUGUGCGUUCAAUUUUACAUAAAAGUCUCUUUGACACCAAUCUUCCAAAUCAUCAUCAUUUCAGACUGAAAAUUAUUGAAAAACGGCCAGGGUGACCAUUCAAGUCGCGAAAUCGGGAAUUCGCAAAAAUUCACGAAAAAUCGGGAAAAAGGGGGUUUGUGUUUUUUGUUAAUAAGUCUGGAAAAGUCGGGAAAAGUCCCGAGCAUGCCUGUUUGUAAAAUAUUUUCUAAAUCUAAAUAACUUGAAUAAUUUUGAAAUAUUUUGUACAAUUUUUUAAUUAAUUUCACUCAAUUCGUCUACAGCAUUUAAAUUUAAAUUUAUGGUUCCUUUCACCAUUUCAAUCUAUUUAAGAAUGAAAUUAUUUUAGGGCAUCGAUGCCCGUGUGCUCUCUUAUGCAAACUAUGUAGGAACACCAGCAAGGUUAGUAAAAAAUAGCACACCGGCAUCGACAUAAGAAAUUAAAAAUCCUAAUAAAUAUUGGACUUUUGUGUGAUUAUAGGCACAGUUAUUGGAAAACUUAAAUAUCGAACAAAAUCCAAACGUUUUUCGUUCUUAAUGAUAAAAUUUAAAAACUUUUUUUACGCAUUGAAAAAACAAAUUGCAAAUAAGGAAGGAUUUUUUUAAAUUAAAGUUUUUUUUCCUGAGAUAUUAAUGAAUUUACGAAAUAAAAAUAUUUGAAAAAAAAAAAUCUUUUUCUGUUUUGUGCUCUAAAAAAUAUACAUAUAUAUUUUUUUUAGUUUUAAAAGCCAGCAUUUGCUAAGAAAUUCAUUAGUAAACGUUAAACAAUAUAUUCCUAAAAGCUUGUCAAAGAUUUGACAUGUUUUUUUAAAUCCCUUGGAAAAUUAAAUUAAAAUUGGUAUUGGCCUUAUUAAAUAACAAAAUUACAAAUAUGUUUAAAAGUUUUUUGUCUAAAAACAUUUUAUACGAGGUGGUGAAAUAUGAAGUGUUAUCAAACUGGAUUUCCAAUUACAAAAAAAAAAUAAUUAGAUACUGACAAUUCGGUAAAUCGACAUUGAUUCAAAAUUUAAAUAUCAAAAUUUACAUAGUUUUAAGGGAUACUUGGUAAAAACAUUUUUUAAACGAAUUCAUAGAUAUUUUUAAAUUUAUUAGAAGAAAAAUAAAUGUUAUCAUGUUAAAAGCGUUCUUUGAUGCUAAAUUUGAACAUUAUAAAUAAAAUUUAAAAUUUUGUUGUCUUUAACUUUGUGUCAUCACUUUUUUCAUUACCGGUUGAAACAAAGCUUCAAAAAUUGUUAUGUUUGGCAAUUUUAUAAAUUAUUGAUUAUUUAUGUUUUUACUACUCUGAAGUUUUUUGUUUCAACGAAACUGUCAUUGGUUUGAUUGAUUUUAUUUUAAAUGGUUUAAAUUGACUUUUUUUUUAUAAAUAGUUUUUUUUUUAUUUGAAAUCAUUCUUCAGGUGAGAAAUGUCUAUUAUCUGAGGUUCUGGAAAUGUCGGGAAUUUGAAAAUGGGAUUUGAUUGGUCACCCUGGAAACGCGUCUUUUUUCGAAUGUUAAAAAUUUAAAGGGGUCGUACCGCCCCUCCGCAACAAGAAAACGAAAAAUGGAGCUCGGAUUCUUGAUUCUUGAUUCUUGCUCACGCAAAUCGAAGAAGGGCAAGGGUCGGGCAACUAUUGUGUGAGUUGGUGGAGAAUGACCCAUCUUGAAUUUGGUUAAAAUAUGAUUCACAUGAAAGCUGAACUCUUUAGCUACAUAUUUAUCAUUUUUCAACUGAAUUAAUUAGAAAACUGUAAUUUUUAAAAGGAAAAAAGUUGUACGGUAGUAAUAUUUUUUGGUAUUUUUUUUUAAUUUUAAAUAAUUGAAACACUUUUAUGAAUUUUUAAUCUUGAAAAUACUAAAGUCAAUCCGAGAUUGUUAUGUAACUUCAAGUAGAAUUUGUAACAGCCUUAGACCUGAAAGGUUCUGAAAAAUUGUCUUUCACACUGGGAAAUGGACUGAUGCUUAUGUUUCAGAUUCCAAAUUUUUGUCGAUCAUGUAUGACAAUUGGAAUUUUCGGAUUUUAAUGUCAUGCGAGAGUUAUGAGUUGGUCAUGUCAUGUCAGAUAUUGUAUUAAAAUUAAGGUUCUACCAUACAUCAUGCAACUUUCAGUUAGUCUGUAAUAUUUUGGUUUGGAUUGGUUUGAAACUUCUAAACAAAUUUACUUCUCUGAAUAUCAAGACUUUAGACGACUUGCAAUCCCAUCGCCUUCAAGCAGCACACACACGCACACAAAAUGCGCUUAUAAUAUCACACAUCACAAACAGUCUUGGAAAAGGUGCAUCAUGCCAAACCAGUUAGCCCAACGAACGUGUGGAUUGCAGGAUUUAUAAAAUCAGCAGUGAAUAACUAUAUUGUUACGAGCUAGGAAAUUCCGCUUUGCUGCGCUAAAACAAAUGAUCAAGAUGGUACUAUUUAUUCGAUAUUUACACCAAACACCAUCACCAGGAAAGGUUCUCUAUAUCUUGGAAAAAAAAGGUUAGUUUGUUGAAGGAAAAGUGAGCCUCAGCUAGUAAGCAUUUGAAUGUAACGUGUUUAUUUUGACCAGUCUUAUUACAUCUACAACACAUAAAUUGUAAAAUACCGUAUACAGAUUAUUGCAGAUCUAGUUACAUAAGUCAACAGCACAAGAGGAAAAGAAAAAUCGCAUGUUAGAGGUUAUGAUUUCUCUCGGUGUGCGUUUCACUUGGCUAGUUGUGGCAAUUUGAAACUUUACUCUUUACAAUUCAGUGUAACAACAGCAGCAACCGCAGCAAUGUGCAACAUGAGACAUAUUUAUAUUUAUACAUAUACGAUUGUGUAAGCAAUGAAGAUGCUGAUCUUAAACUUAACUAAAAUCACUCAGUUGCAUUAGAAAUGUCGGAUUGAGGUUUGUCUUAAAGUCGGUGUUGCAAUUCGACCUUUCAGUGCAAAACUGCAUUAGGCGCUACUAGCUAGUUGGUGGCCGUGCCAGAACCAAAUAGUAACAAAACAAGUCACUGGUCCACGCACACAGAAUCGACGUUGACGAAGAAGAAGAACAAGAAUUCACACAACACUUCAUACUAGUAUAAGAAAGAUAUUUAUAUGUUCCCUCCUAUUACAUUUUUCCUACCGCGUUACAACAGGAAUAAAAUCUACUUAAACUUGAAAA